AUGGAGGUGAAGGAGGUAAAGGAAGAACCAGAUGUGGAGAUGCAACCACCACCAUAUCAGAAACCACCUCCUUAUGUUCCACCUUUGCCAUUCCCACUCAGGGGAGUGACAAAACACACUUCCUCAAGUGGCGUUAAAAACUCAGCUAAGCAGAAAGUUGUGCAACAAGAUUUUAGUAACCCACUUGAUGAGGAGUUGUGUUUAGAGGGACUGUUUGCUGAAGGUGAGCCGUGCUCAAUAUUUCAUGAGACUCUUUCUCCAGAAAGAGAGAUAAUUGACUCGAAGGAUACAACUUUGUUUACGAAUGAAGAAGAGUCAAUUAUCUCCCUUGAUGAGAGUCAUGUGGGCAGAGGUAAGAUUGAAUUCACUUGGUGUGUGCAAACAGAGUAUAUUGAUUUUGAUCAAUGCCAAACCAAGAAGGACCCCGAGAUGUUGGAAGAGUGGAGCAAGAUAGAUUUUCUUCUAUGUUGGAUGAUUCAAGAGAAUGCUUCUUGGAGGCAUGAUAGGCUAAUUGAUGGCACAUUCUUGUGGUAUCAAGAUGGCUAUUCUGAGUGA